GAAAGAGUCUCACCACAGCGCAGCGGAGAGCCAUACAGAGCGGUGUGAGCGCAGUGGAAGGACGCGCUUUCCAUCGCGCUCCUGAGAAAACCCCGACUUGUCUGCUGGAUAGCGUUGUACGACAGACAGACCCACACACACUCGGACAAACAACAGUCAAGGACACAUGUGAGCGCGGCGCGUUUCCGCGGGGAGUCUACAUCCAGGAUUCAGGAAUUGUGCGCAGGUCACGGCAUUUGUUUAGAAACUAAAUAAACAAUGCACUCUGCUGGCGACAACUAAUUCACAAAGAUGAGUCACCGAGGGGGUGAUCGACAGCAUCCAGUGGUUCUGGGGUCUUCUCAUGCGGGACAAAGUCCGGUAAGCUGGGCGAUUCUCACCCACAGAGCGAUAAGCGUUUCUCGGUCACCUUCUGAAAUGAUGUCUUGUGGCGACGUUCGUUGCGCGCCAGAGUGCGUGUGAGUGACUGACCGAUAGUCUUUCUGAAAGAGAAAGAGAGGCUGGAUACAAACAGCAGCCAGGCUUGUAGGCAGCGACAGCCAGACACUCAGAGCAGCCAUCUCGCCUCUGUCACAGCUCCUCAGACCCAUGCAGGAUGCCCGGAAAGCGCCGGGGAGUCCUGGUCCAGCUCAACCCGAGUUCAUGACGCUCUGGGCGGCCUCGUCAUGCGUCUCUUGCCCGAGCCCAGCGCCCAGUCCCUCCGGCUCCUCUUCCUCUUUAUCUUCGUGAUGGGGGUGACCCCUUCCCCGGCUCUAACAGCCGGCUGCCCCGACAGAUGCGUGUGCGACGACCAGCUGGUGGUCCAGUGCGCCGGGCAGGAGCUCACCAUGUUCCCCAAUGACCUGCCCCUGGCUACACGGCAGCUCAUCAUCUCCAACAACCGCAUUGGGGAACUUCCGGCGCUUCAGCUCAACUACCUGUCCGAUCUGGUCUAUCUGGACUGCAGCAACAACUCUCUGACCGAGAUCUCCGAGUCCACCUUCGGGAAUUUGCGGAAACUCGCCUACCUGGACCUGUCGUUCAACACCCUGCUGCAGAUCGAGGACCGGACUUUCGGGCCCCUGGCGUCUCUGGUGAUGCUUCGGCUGACGGAUAACCCGAGUCUGGGGGAGAUCCACCCGGAUGCCUUCUCGGAGAACAUGGCUCUGCAGGUGUUGGAUGUGAGCCGGAACAACCUGACGGCCCUCAACAUCAGCAGCCUGAUCGCCCUGCCUUCUCUCCGGUCGUUGGGGCUCAGCGGCAACCCCUGGAGCUGCGACUGUGACACGGAAGACCUCUGCCUCUGGGUGCAGAUCGAGGGCUUUAAGUUCCAAGACGAGGGCCAGACAGUUUGCCACAGUCCCCCAGAGCUGGCGGGCCAGCGGAUGGCGGAGGUCGGCAUGCAGCUGCGGGCGGACUGCCACCAAGGCCUGGGCUACUGGGACUACCUCUUCUUCAUCGCCAUCGGCUUCGUCAUCUUCUCGGCCGGCACGGUGUCGGCCUGGGUGAUGGGCGUGCUCAUGGUGCUGUACGAGCGCUACAGCAAAAGGAAGAGUGAGGACAUGGACAGCGAUGACGAGGAGGAUAGGGGAGGGAUGGGUGGAGGAGGAUGUGGAGGAGGAGGGGGAAACCAGGGGAACGGGAAUGUGAGCAAGUCUGGCAUGCAGGUGUGACAGACUGGUGUAAAACAACAUGAGGAGGGAUGACAUGAGACCAGCAGAGGAGAAAAGACAGAGAGGGAAGAACCAGAGGUGAUGAGACCACUCUGAGACCAAAGGCUCUGCAAUGAACCAAGACCUGACUGUCUCUCUUUGUUACAGAUUUAGAUAUCGCAAUAUGCUCUUUACCAUAUUGGACAGAAAGUGUGUGUGUGUGUGUGUGUGUGUGUGUGUGUGUGUGUGUGUGUGAGAAAGAGUGAUGAAAGAGAGACAGACAGAGACAGCAAUAAGGAUGACUAUGCCUUUACUUCAGGAGUACAGAAUGACCUCUGAGAUUAUUGAGAGCAAUAACCCACACACACACACACACACACACACACACACACACACACACACACACACACACACACACACACUGCACAUCUCAGCACAGAUACUCUAUGGAGCUGCUGGUUUCUCUGUGUGGGCGGAUGUAACUGCAUACUAUGUGAAGUGCUCUUGAGUAACAUUCUGUAAAUGAUUAGAACAAGAUGUGUGAUGUGAGCGACACACACAGUACAUUAAUACAUAAAAGAAGGUAUUGGGGGUCACAAAGAGAGUGAUGCCUUAUGUUUGCAUCAAUAAAAAGGGAAAACUAGUACAUUUUGGUAUUAAGAUGUGAUUUUCAUGAAUGCCUUAAGGCAAAUCACUUGAAAUAGAACAGUCACUGUUGUCUCCUAUAGACAGAAUCUGUCCAAAAACUGUUUGGGAAAUGACCAAAUGAUUUGAAUGUAAAAAAAAAACAAACUAAGAAUGAACUACUUCUAGAACUCACUGCUAUCUUUAAAGAGUAACUUAACACCCCCCUGAAAAUCUUGUUUUUC